CUGGCCUCUGGCGCUCGAGAUUUCUUGGACAGCCAAAGCAUGAAGAUUCAGUGGGUUUGCGUGUCUCUCCUGGGGUUCGCCUUAUUCUUUGGGGAAUAUCGAGGGUCUGAAGUGAAGUUCAGCCGGCUGGAUCGCUGGGUCAAGACUGGCUUUCAGUACUUGAAGCUGAACCUGUGCCGGCGAGUGUCUUUGUCGGAGAGUGAGUGCAAACGAUUGUCUCACCUCCACCUAAGCUCCGUGGCCGUUUAUGUGUCCGAGUCCAACUCGGAAAAAGUCUUGGCGAUCCUGCCUGAUUCCUACUCCGUUGAGGUUCCAGCGCCCAAACAGAACACUUACUCCGUAGGUUCUGCUCUGAAGGACGGAAAACGAAGUCAAGAGUUAUUCACCGGCGCAGCCACUCAUGAUGCCGUGCUUGUACUGGACCCAAGUCCCGGAGAAAGUUUCGGACACCCGGUUGUGCUUUUCUACGUGGACUUUAACGUGACCAAGAAGAGAUGUGGACACAUGGACGGAAUAUACCUGGGUGAGGAGUGUCUGACUCUGGCUCUGAAGACGCGCUGCGUGAACCAGCUGAAGCGCCAGCGUAGCCGUAGCGACCGGCUGGUGGGGCGCAGCCGCGUGCAGAGGGGGGCCGGCGGCGCUGCCGUGGGGGGGGCACGCGCGUCCAGGACGGAGCGCAGCGGGGGCGUCUGCGAGAUCCACUUCCUGCCCCUGGUGGUCGGUGUCAGGGAUGGCAACAGAACCCAGCGGCUGCGAUGUGUGGAUCACCCGGACUUUGCUCCAUGCCCCCAGCCCUUGCCCCUGGUGAGCCCAAGCGUGCCUCUGUCCAGCUGUGAGCUCAGCAAGAACACGCGCCGCUGCCACCAGCAGAGCCUGGCCUCCCACCUGUCCUGCCGCCUCUACCAGACCUGCGACCACGCCCUGCUGCUGUCAGGUGGUUGGCAGGCCCAGAUCACAUACCAGCGCCAUGCUCAGAACUUGCAGCUCUUUCACAAGAUGCUACGCAAUAAUGGGUUCCAGAAGGACCACAUCAAAACGUUCUUCGCGGGGAACGGACAGAUCGCAGCUAAGGAGAUGGAGGGCACGUACCCGGCCACGGAGAAGGAGGCGCUGAGGAACCACAUCGCCUACAUCUGCCGCAAGCAGCACUGCGCCGACACCCUGGUGCUCUACCUCAACAGCCCCGCCUGGAACGACGGGACCAUGCUGCUCUGGGACAGGAACCACAACGGCAUCGCGGAGCUGAAGGAGCGCUACUCUGUGGGCGAGCUGCUGGCGGACCUGGCGGGGUGCCGUGCGCGGCGCGUGCUGCUGUUCGUGGAGCAGAGCUACAGCGGCGCCCUGAGCAAGCGGCUGCGCAGUUCCAGGAAGCACCAGAAUGUGGCGCUGCUGAGCGCUCUGCCCUGGGUGGCCGCCGCUCAGGCCUGGGCCUCCCUGCUGCCCACACAGUGCCUCAGAGACCACCUCACCAAGAAUGCUGCGAUGCCCCGUCUGAGUGAGUGGACGCUGGGGCUGCUGAACGUCACGCUGGCGGGGGCUCCGUGUAACGCCACCCCCCCCCUCACGGAGGCCGAGAUGCGGAAGGAGUACAUGGGCUGCCAGAACCUGCCCACCGCCCUCUGGCACCAGGGGCAUCGCCGCGGCAACUGAGACCAGAACCUGGAUGCCUGAUGAUUAAUACAUGA